AUGGCUCGCCCAUUUCAGAACCCUUACGAGCCGGUGGAUUCUCCCGGCGCCGAUAACCCUUUGUCGCCCCAACCACGUGGCGGCACACCCAUAUCAUUUAAAACGAACGUGAAUCGCGCGAAGACAAAGCGCUGGGUUGAAGCGAAGAAGAUCUCUUACGAUGGCAAUGACUGGGGUGACGAUGAGUACGACGAUUACGACGAGGAUCUGACGCCUCCUCUACCGCAACAACAACAACAACAACCUUUGAAUCAAAGCACUGGGGACCUCCCAAGUGUAGCGUCAAGAAACAUACCUAAGCCCUGGGCUCUUGGAAUGGAUCGCUCUCGGUCAAUGGACCAGGUGAUGACGCUAGGGGCCGGUCCUGCGGCGGAUAGCCGUAGUCGGUCAACCGACCGCAACGCAGAAGAACAGAAUUACAACCUCCCAUCACGCCCAGCCGACAUCUAUAGCCGGUUACGCGAGCAGACAGCGGGGUCAGGCAACCCUCCAAGCCUGAGUCGGGCCUCCACGGAACCAGCACCUAUAACCAGCCCGGCAGGACAGGAAGCACAAGGCAAGCAACCCGAGAACGAGAGUGUUCCUUCCAGACCUCAGAAUGAUGUUCCUAUUAUUGGGCUCCCAGAUGUCAGACGUCUCUCAGGAUUCGGCGCAGAUCUCACGGGUGCUCCUUCGUCUGACGCUCAAAAAGACCAAUCCGUAGAACCACAGCAGCAAGAUCCUCAAUUACACCAUCACCCCUCCGUCGGUUUUCGGUCGGUGGUUAAUCAAGCUUUCGAUGUUCCAGAGACACCCAGCACUACCAUCGAUAGCAUUGCACGGUCGGAUAGCAAUAGCACGUCGGUAAUAAGCCCGAUCAUUCCUCCUCGUGGCCCAAACGAGCAGACGCCAACGAUUGAGGAAGAGCCGGAAAGUUCAUCUCCACCGAGAGGCUUUAAGCCUGGUCAUCGCCGUGAUCUGAGUGUUCCCAGUCCAGAUAAUAGUCCUUUGAGAAGGCCAAUAAUCACCAAUAACGAUACCAUCGCUCCCGAAUCAUUAGCAGAAAUGUCAUCGGACCCUCCAUCUGACUCACCUCAGGACCAGUCCACGCCAACAUAUCAACAAUCCACCCUGCAACCAACUACCACAACCGCGGAAGAUCGACCUGCACCGCUCAAAAUCAGUGGUAACAUGUCUCCCCCUGAAAACUCCAUUCCCGCCAUUGUUCCCUCCCUGAGUACGGAAAAUUCCCCGCAAGACACCGAGAGUGACCGAUUAAGGAAGGAGAUCAUUCGUUCAUUGAGUCGGGAGAACACUCCAUCUGACGAACCGGACCCACAAGACCGGUCCAGGCCACAAACAAGUCGGCAGGAUAGUCUCAUUCCGAGCGAAUACGAACGAUACUGGAACGAAACAACUAGUGCCAGUCCCCAGGGGGAGUUCAAACCCGUCCUUGGAUACAACUCCGCACAGAACGAGUCCCAGGAUUUAUACUCCAGUAGCCCACUGCAGGCGUCUACUCUAACACUGAAUGCGGCUCCGCAAGACACAACCCCUAAGUUGAAGAGGCGAUUUUCUUGGGAGUCUGCCUCCUCCGAGGAACAGGCUGCGCCCGCGACAGGGGUCCAAUCCCCUCCUGUAGGGCCAAUCCCCGGGCAAUUCCCUGUAGUUGAUGAGAAUAGUGUUCAGCCAUCGCCGGAGCCCGACACUGUGGCUCCGCCAGUUGAGACACAUGAUGAGGCUGGCCGUGAUCAUGUGCCUGAGAAGCCUAAGUUGACGAUCAUCCCCCCGUCUGCCACCGAUGAUAAUAGCAUCGUUUCGGGUCGACAUCUUCCAGAAGUUGUCAAUGCCCAAACCGUUGGAGAUGCCUACUCCCCAGCCGUUGCAAACCAGGAUGCCGUAGCGUCUACGUCUGCACCCACGCAGUCGCCAUCUAUCGAAGCAAGCUUGCUUGGCUUCCGUGAGAUCCUCGAGUUGAAGACCUCUGACGAACGGGUGCAAGCGUUCAACAAAACCCGAGACCAGUUUGUGACAAUCGAUACCGGUCUAAAUAAUUGGCUCCGGGUUACGAUCCAUGCUCACCCUGAAUACGCAGAUGUUGUGCAGCAAAGCUUGAAACAGACAACGGAUGAGUCCAAGUACCCUGUACCCCGGGCCAAAUUCCCUAAACUGUCGUCUCUUGGGAACCUCGUGUCGUCUCACCAGGAAGGGUCGUCCGGCUCGGGCCAUGUGAGACGUCCUUCGACUCAUCUUGGUUCCAUGAUGAAUAAACAGCAUGUGGAACAACGAGGGAAGGAUUUCCUCCACACCGCUGGUGUCUUCGGCGGUAAAGCUGGCGAGGCCGCCAAGGGUCUGUUUGCCAAGGGCAGGAGUAAAUUUAAAGGUGGAGGGUCAGACAAGGGGUUUGAAUCGAGUCGUGGUUAUCGCAGGAAAUUCUCCUUCUCAGAACUUGCUCUAGACCUAGCCGAAGAGGACCACGACAAGCGACGGACGGUCCACUUUGGAAGUCUCCCAGGGAUGAAUGGCGCUCGAGACAGCCAAGUGAAUCGGUUGAGCUUGGACAUCAAGCGCAAACAAGUCCCGUCGGUCUCGGCGCGUAGACCGGUUGAGGGCGCGGCAGCAGACACGGGAUAUCACACGGAUCCUGAGCCAUCCGCCAUCCAUAGCCACCGUUCCGGUCUUACUCAGGAUCUGGACAAGGAAGUGAUUGCUGCACUCGGCUUCAGUGAUGCGGAUUCGCGAUCAGGUCAAUCAGGUCCUGCAUUGUCCUAUCGAAGUACCGCUGGAGCGAUGGCGGAAUUGGAGGCGUCUGACUCUGGCGUCCUGGCGCAGACAGGGUCCCAGGAGCAUUGGGAGUUGCCUGGUGAGAGUGCAUCCUCGGCGCAUCGAUUAGCGCCCGUGCAACCUGACAGGGAUUGUCCUCCCCGAAAGCCUUUGUCGAGGAGGAGCGAAUCUCCCCCGAUGACCCCGAUUCAGGUGGCAAUCAAUGACGCGCCUUUGUUGAUCCCCGAGUACAAAAGCGACCAGCGGGACAUUGGCGACAAAAUCCUGUCGUGGACGGAGCAGGCCAACAGUAUUGACAAUCCCAUGGGCCAGCAAAAUAACAUUCAGCCACCACCUGCGCGCGACGAGCCGUCUCCCGAAUGCGAAACGACUACUCGAGCACCGUCGUCGAUGGGGAGACGGUUCUACUCCUCGGUCAUGGAAAGCAAAACUAGGGAUGUCCCACGUAGCAACGACGAGAUUAAUAAGGCAACACUGCUAGGUCCGAGUCACCAUCGGCGGGGCUCCAGCGUCCAAGUGCGACUCCAACCGGUGCCCUCCGUCUCAUCCUUGGGCACCCUCGAGGCUGAUCGAGACCCACCACGGCCAUUGCGCCAAGUACUCGGCCCGGCGAACUCGUCGCGAGUGUCGUUCUUGUCGGACGGGGGCGAGGGUCAGCACCAAAGUCUUGGCGGCAUACUUAGACCCGAUCAUCGAGGGCGCAGGCCGAAGAGCCCCUGGCCAGGCGAUGAGGCUGAACAUGCCUCGCGCCGACUUAGCGGUGUCUUUCGACCUCUUCUGUCAGGCAGUAGCAGACCCCGCGAGACUUCCCAAUCGACCGACCAUGCUCGCUCCAACCCGCCCGUCCAGCCUGCCUCAAAGCAAGCGCCACCGCAGACCGCGUUAUCAACAAUGGAGAAGCUGAAGGUUGUCGGCAACAAAAUUCGUCGCCCUUCUCGGGGCUCUGAAUCCCACAGUGACAAGACGGGUCAGCCACACCGGAAGGCGUUGGACAAAAUCAGUGGCUUCUUCAACCGUCGAGGGGAACAUGCCCGGCCCAAAUCCAGAGCGGCCGAAACCCACGUUCCACCCGUGGUGCACAUCCAGCGUCAGGCCCAUUCAAUGGACCGGCUUUAUCCCGUCUCAUCACAGCGCACGUCCACCUCGGAUCACUCUCACUUACCCUCUACCGAGUUUGAUCGCCCCCGAUCAAAUAUCGAGAACCACUCCUUCCAGGGCCAACGGCCACCCGCGGAAGGAUACUUCGCUCCGGAAUCCUUCUCACGGCUCAAUGAUCCCCCCGAACCCGGCACUCCCUUGACGCAGCAGAUCACCGUCGAAGACGUGGCCAGCAAUACCAUCACGAGUAAUCGCAUUCCGUCGCCGACCGAUUAUUUCCGGCAUCGACACAGCGGCAGUGGCAGUGGUAGUGGGAAUGGUCGACUCACACCCCAAUCACCGCUCUUCCGACCACCCACAACGCCGCAAACCCCCCAAUAUCAACCACCCCCGGUCGCAUCCCCCAUCGCCUCCCCCCCCCGAAAACCUUCGCCCCCGCGCCCGGACGAAAGACACAUCCCCAGCACCGACACUUCCGAUCCCGCCUACCACCUGGGCAUCUUCCGCCGAAACCCUCGCACCAGCCGCAUCGGCGACCAAGAACGACCCUGGAAACUGACCAUCCCCGGCGAAUCCGACGAGGACAAACCCUCGGACAACGCCCUCGCCUGGCGCCAGCAGACCACCAAGGGCGUCCUCCAAUGCGGCAACGACCGACUACCCACCUACGAAGAGGACACCACAGACCCACCCCAGGAAAAUCUCCGCGACGAAAAGCCCCCUCUCAGCGACAUUCCCGCUACUACUACUCGUCCCGCCAUGCCCCUCUCCCAAUCCACGGGGAACAGCCACCCCACGCGCGGCGAAGGCCGUGUCCUCAACAACGACGCCCCGGUCGAGUUGCCCGUCCAGACCGACGACGAUUCUAGCGAGGAGAUCCUGAUGUCGAGCACGGCGUAUCCGGGCCAGGAGUGGAAACCGGUUGGGUUCUCCGGGUGGGAGUAG